AUGGGAGGGAUUGGAAAAGCUCUUUUACCCAAUUUCAAGCUCUCUGUGAAGUGGAAUAUCGGUAUCAGCGCAUUGGAUAACCCCAGACAACCAACUGCUUUGAGAGACAAUGCUUGCCUGGAAAUUCCUUGUUGUGGCUGUAUUAAUUGCCGUAAGCAAUGCUAUCCGGUAUCCAUCCCCACCACAUUAUCCUCCACAUCUAAAAAUUCCGCCAAACUUCCCCAUCCCCUUGUAACAAUCCCGUUACCAGUCAAACGCUUCAAUGAGCUCGAUCAUUGAUAAUAAACGCGUCAAUGCUGCUGUUUCCUAA